AUGGCAAGUUUGCGGGGUCGAGACAAAGGCUGGUCGGAGGCCCCCGCGGAGCGGCGCGUGUCGAGCUGUUCGAUCUACAUCACUUGCCUCGUUGUAGGCAGCGAUAUCGUGUGUCGGCGCGGUGCGCUAUGGCGUGGGCGACGCGACAUACGACACCGUGCGCCCGGCGCGGCCCGCGCCGCCAGCCAGCAUUGUGAGCGCCAUUCACCCGCCGCCCGCCACCGGCUCAUAUUCGAUUGCAGUGUUUUAAGUAUUCGAUUGCCCAUGCCGAUAUUAAAGGGUUCCCAAGAAGUACGUGCAGGCGGGCGAUGGUGCGCAACCGCAGCAUCUCACCUGCGCUCGCGUCGCCGCAACGCCGGAACUACGUGCCGAUUCGCCUGUCGCGCCCGUCUGACUGUACACCUCCUUAUAGGAAAAGGGGAAAGAGAUUACUUAGGAUUCCAUGAACUGGAAAAUCUUUUA